GCCACGCAAUUACCGGCGGCCGAAAAGGCUGCGCGCAAGCGGGAUCAGCGGGCAUCCUGGCCAAGGGAGAGCUUGAGCCUUCCGACGCAUUGUUGGACCUCGCGGCGGGCAUCGUGGAAAGCAAUGUGGUUUUGUGGAUCAGUCCUGAGCGUUGUGGCAAGCGAGAAGAUGAGUUGUCGCAGCUCAACAAGAACAACAGACAGGUUUUGUCUGUAGAUGCUGACACGAUCAAACUGUCAUCUGCUAAGCCUGAGGUUAAGGCAGACGUGGGCACAGAACUUCGCUUGCAGUGGGCCCUGCAGAGGAGAGGUCUUGCUUUCGAUUCAUGCCUUCUUGUGGAUUGGAGUGUUCAUGAAGCCUGGGUACAGCAAUUAAUGACCACUCUGACUCGGUCUAGCCCCCAAGGUUACGCCAGCGUGAAGGUUUCGCAGUUGAUGAAGGCAGACCAGCAAUUGUGGUUGCUGGCGUCGGAUGAGGGUCUGCCCAGCCUGAAGCCGGCUGCAGACGGUGUCAAGCCGCUCAACCAGGUGGUGGAGAAACUGCGAGUUGAUCCGCGUGUCACCAUGCACCUUCUUCCUUUGCCCACGCACGUGGCCAAAGAGAGCACAGUUGCUGAGCCGAAAACCAAGAAGACAGGUAAGGUGACGAAGCCUUCCUCAAAGGAUAAGGCUCCACCUCGUUUCAAGGCUCGGGGCCCGAGAAUGCCCGAAGAAUUGAGGCCUUACCAACUGCAGACUGCCACGAAGCAGAGGAUUUGCUAUGGAUACAAUCUAGCUCAGGGGUUCGACUCGGAGCCCAAGGCCGACACACCUGAAGGUGUCGAAGCUCCCUUUGAGAAGUCCGAAGAGGACACCCUUCUGCAGAAGCUCUCACAGGCAGUCACCAAAGUGGCACUGCAGGCAAUGGCUAUAGAUCACACCAUUUCCAAAGCAGCAAAGCAGCGCAUUGUGAUCAUGGAUCUCAGCAAGGCGCGGUGGACGCUUUGGAUCUCCAAGCGCAGAGCGCUUUUAUUAGCUGAACAUGGCUCUUUUGCAGAUGAUGCUGUGAUGGAGAAGAUUGUCCUGGGGGUGCCACGAAAGCCCGCCGAUUUCAUUCAAGCGGCGGUGCAGGCUGGACACCCGAGAAGUUUGGCAGUUACGUUGAAUGCUGUUUCGGAGGAGGCAGUCGUGGCGAACAGGGAUUGGCCGGUGACGGACUUGACUAGGGCUCGCAUUGAUUUCUUGACGUACUGGAUGAAGAGGGCUCAAGAGCUCGAGCAUGCCGAAAAAUCCCUUCACUGUUCUAUGCCGGGAUAUUUACAGCAAGUGUUGGGAGGCAAGCGAAUUUUGCUCAUGGGCGAGAUGUUGGAACGACUGGGCUUCGAGGACAAGUAUUUGCAGCAGGAUGUCUCGGAAGGGUUCAAGUUGACUGGUUGGUUGCGGGAAACCGGAUGCUUCCCCAAGAAAAUUCGGAAGCCCACCAUGCCCGCGGCAGCGGUCAUGGCUAUGGCUAGUUCUGUCAAUCGACGAAUUGUCAAGCAGAUGGCUGAGACCUCCUUCAGUGAGACGGACGCCAAGGCCUGGGACGAGACGCUGGCGGAACUGGAACGCGGGUGGAUCUUCAGAGACGAUGCCCCGGACCUCGGAAAAGUCCUGCUGGCUAAACGUUUUGGAUUGGCGCAAAAGGAGAAGACUAGGGUCAUUGAUGAUUUCUCGGUUGGAGGUUUGAAUUCCUUGGCUGGACUCAGGGAGAAACUGGCGGUUCAAUCCAUAGAUGAGAUCGCUGCUCACUUGGCUUUCGUCAUCGAUUCGAAAAGUAGCAGGUCCAUGGGCGGCGUCUUGGGAAAGACCUAUGAUCUCACCUCGGCUUACAAACAAUAUGGAGUGCAUCCCUCCGACAGGGACUUGGCCCGGAUCGCUGUCAAGACGCUUUCGGGUGAAUUGGCCUUCUUUGGAACAAACGCUCUCCCAUUCGGUGCAGUGGGCAGCGUCGGCGGUUUUCUUCGUAUUUCGGCAGCCUUGACGUUUGCAGGCCUCAAGGGGCCCAAGCUAUGGUGGACGAGUUUCUAUGAUGACUUCACAGCUUUCUCGGAUGCACGUGCGUUGACCUCAGCUGCGGUGAGUGCUGAAGCGCUCUUCGACCUGGAGUGA